AUGGAAGCGAAUCAAGAGACGGUGGUGGGGAUGAAGCAAGAGGACGACGAGUUGGAUUCCAAGGAGAGCGUGCUCCAAAAGUACUUCCUCCAAGAAUGGAACAUCAUCAAGUCACUCCUCGACGACAUCGUUUCCAAUGCUCGCGUCUCCGACCCUUCCUCUGUCCACAGAAUCAGAUCCAUUUUGGACAAGUACCAGGAGCAAGGUCAACUUCUGGAGCCCUACCUCGAAUCCAUAGUUUCCCCUCUGAUGAACAUUAUUCAUUCAAGAACGAUAGAACUCGGGAUAGCUUCCGAUGAAAUUCUGGAAAUAAUUAAACCUAUAUGCAUAAUUGUAUAUUCGUUAGUCACGGUUUGUGGCUAUAAAUCUGUAAUCAAGUUCUUUCCGCAUCAAGUUUCCGAUCUCGAACUCGCCGUGUCUCUGUUGGAGAAGUGUCACCACACGAAUUCGGUGACAUCGUUGAGGCAGGAAAGCACGGGUGAAAUGGAAGCUAAAUGCGUGACGCUGUUGUGGCUUUAUAUACUUGUGUUGGUUCCUUUUGACAUUUCCACUGUUGACACCAGUAUUGCCAAUGAGGACAAUUUAACUGAGUUUGAGCUCAGUCCUCUUGUGUUGAGAAUUAUAGGGUUUUGUAAGGAUUAUCUAUCGACUGCUGGGCCUAUGCGAACUAUGGCUGGACUAGUCCUCUCGAGGCUACUUACUCGUCCUGAUAUGCCGAAAGCCUUUACAAGCUUUGUUGAGUGGACACAUACCGUCAUGUCCUCUGUAACUGAAGAUUUACUCCAUCAUUUUCAGUUACUUGGUGUCGUUGAAGCACUGGCAGCUAUUUUCAAGCUGCAAUCCUGGAAAGACAAAAGUCCAAGUCUGUCCAGAACAGUCCGAUUAGAGGAGUUUGGCUGUUGCUGUGUUGUGCUUAAUUACUUGCAAAGAACAGCUGGUAGUCGGAAUCUCUUGCUUGAUGCAAUUCCUGUUGUUUGGAAUGACACUUCAAAGUUGUACAAGUCUUCAGAUGCAGCUCGAAGUCCUCUGCUCCGCAAGUAUCUGAUGAAGUUAACCCAGCGAAUUGGGCUUACUGCUCUUCCUCAUCGAUUGCCCUCAUGGCGAUAUAUGGGAAGAGUUGCCAAACUAAAUGUUUCUUUGAAUACAUCAAAUAAUAUUGAUCAGUCUAAUUUGGGUGUGAACGAAAAAGAUUCCAACUCAAAUGAAAUGUCAGACAGGGAGGAAGAUGAGGAUAUGGAUGUUCCAGAAAAUGUUGAAGAGAUUAUUGAGAUAUUGUUAUCUGGUUUGAGGGAUAUGGAUACUGUUGUCCGCUGGUCUGCAGCGAAAGGUAUUGGGCGUGUAAGUUCACAUCUGACAUCAUCCCUGUCUCACGAGGUUUUAUUGUCUGUUUUGGAGUUGUUUUCACUUGGUGAGGGUGAUGGUUCAUGGCAUGGGGGCUGCCUAGCUUUAGCUGAACUUGCUCGUAGAGGCUUGCUCUUACCUGCGAGUCUUCCGAAAGUUGUUCCUGUUAUUGUGAAGGCUCUACAUUAUGAUGUUCGAAGAGGUCCACACAGUGUUGGUUCUCAUGUACGUGACGCUGCUGCAUAUGUAUGUUGGGCAUUUGGACGUGCAUAUUAUCAUACUGAUAUGAGGAAUAUCUUAAAAGAGUUCGCCCCACACCUCCUAACAGUGGCAUGCUAUGACCGUGAGGUUAACUGCAGAAGAGCGGCAGCAGCUGCUUUCCAGGAGAAUGUUGGAAGACAAGGGAAUUAUCCACAUGGAAUUGACAUAGUGAACACUGCAGAUUAUUUUUCACUUUCUUCACGAGUAAAUUCUUAUCUUCAUGUUGCAGUUUCCAUUGCUCAGUAUGAAGGAUAUCUUUUUCCGUUUGUGGAUGACCUGGUGGAUAGAAAAAUCUGUCACUGGGAUAAAAGCUUGCGAGAACUUGCUGCAGAGGCCCUUUCAUUUCUUGUAAAAUAUGACCCUCAAUAUUUUGCAAGCAGUGUCUUGGAAAAGUUAAUUCCUUUUACUCUUUCAUCUGAUUUAUGCAUGCGCCAUGGUGCAACAUUGGCAACAGGAGAACUUGUUUUAGCUUUACACCAAUACAAUUUUGCUCUUCCCUCAGAUAAACAGAAAAGUCUUUCUGGUGUUGUUCCUGCCAUUGAGAAAGCACGACUUUAUCGUGGAAAGGGAGGAGAGAUAAUGCGUGCGGCUGUUUCUCGAUUUAUUGAGUGCAUCUCCAUAUCUAAAGUGGUAUUAUCAGAAAAGAUAAAGAGAAGCCUACUUGAUACACUCAAUGAGAAUUUGAGACAUCCUAAUUCUCAGAUACAGAAUGCAGCUGUUAAAGGCCUGAAACAAUUCAUCUGUGCAUACUUGCAUGCUUCAGAUAAUAAAGGUACAAGUGAUGUGACGGAAAAGUACCUCAGUAUGUUAACUGAUCCAAAUGUAGCUGUAAGGAGAGGAUCUGCAUUGGCAUUAGGGGUUUUGCCAUAUAAGUUAUUAGCCAGUCAAUGGAGAAAUGUGCUUUUAAAGCUUUGUGGUUCAUGCAGAAUUGAGGAAAUCCCUGAAGACAGAGAUGCUGAAGCAAGAGUAAAUGCUUUCAAAGGUCUCACAUUAGUGUGUGAAACAUUAAUUAAUGGAAGAUACGAUACUGUGACCUCUUUUGUUGAGGAUGAUUUUUCCCUGUUUGUUCUGAUAAAGAAUGAGGUGAUGACGGGUUUAUUUAAAGCUCUCGAUGACUAUUCUGUUGAUAAUAGAGGUGAUGUAGGUUCUUGGGUUCGUGAGGCUGCAAUAGAUGGCCUGGAAAAAUGUACAUACAUGCUUUGUAAGAUAGACAAGUCAGUUUGUUUGCCUGAAAGAUCAGAUGGAAAUAAAAUUGAACCUACUGCACAGCCUUCGACUGAUAGCAUGAAGAGCAACCAAGAGGUUUCUCUAUUUGAUGAAAAUCUUGCUACCAAUUUAGUUGGAGGGAUUUGUAAGCAAGCUGUGGAGAAGAUGGAUAAACUUAGAGAAGCAGCUGCAAAUGUUCUCCACAGAAUUUUGUACAACCAGAUGAUAUAUAUUCCAUAUAUACCUUUCCGAGAAAAGUUAGAAGAAAUCAUUCCCAAAGAGGCAGAUGCACAAUGGGCUGUUCCUUCCUAUUCUUACCCACGCUUCAUACAAUUACUUCAAUUUGGUUGUUAUAGCAGAGAUGUACUAUCAGGUUUGGUUAUAUCUAUUGGUGGGUUGCAAGAUUCUUUGAAGAGGGUAUCACUCUUGGCACUGUUAGAGUAUCUAGAAGGGGUUGAAUCUGAGGAUCCAAAUACAAGAACAUCUAGGACCAUUGAGAUUCUGUUCAGCAAAAAGAUAUUCUUUAAUAUGGAGGCUCACACUCCAACUUUCUGUGUUGCUGUUUUGGAUUGUCUGUCAAUUGAAUUGAAGGGAUCAAAAGACUUCUCAAAGUUGUAUGCUGGUAUUGGAAUACUUGGUUAUAUAGCGUCAGCUCAGGAACCUAUCAAUAUGAAGGCCUUUUCUCAACUUCUUGAUUUUCUUGGUCAUCGUUACCCUAAGAUUAGAAAAGCUUCAGCUGAACAGCUAUACCUCGUUCUCUUGGAAAAUGGGAAUCUUGUGGCUGAAGACAAGAUUAAUAAAGCACUUGAAAUUAUUUCUGAGUCUUGCUGGGAUGGUGAUGUGGAUUUAGCUAAAUACCAAAGAUUAAAAUUGUACGAGAUUGUUGGUCUGGAGGUGCGGCCUCUUAAUAAUACCGAUGGAACCUCAAGGAAAACCAGCACUAAGAAGAUUACAAACUUGGAUGAAAAUGCAUCAUAUUCCUCACUUGUUGAGUCAUCUGGGAGGUUCCAGGCCGUGUCACUUGGCUUCACAUACUCACACUGCUUUCAUACUCAUCAUCAUAACUAA